AAGGAAGGGCAAAAGUGGGAUUUGAUUGUGUAUAUAGUGGGGGGCAUGCACACCACUGCCCAAACUCCCUCCACUGCUUCUUUCUCACAUUUUCUUGAAACCGUUCACUGUCUUUGCCUUUCUUUCUCUCAGCCAAUCCCUCCAACUAGAAAUUGGUGCUGAAGGCAUAACAUCUUGCUGAAGCUCUAAGCGAUUGUGAAAUCUUAAGUCACACAGGAAGAAAUCAGCAUGCGGUGGUUGGGUCUUAUGUUUUAUGUAUAUCGUCAAGUUGUACGCUUGAACUUAUAUUGUAAAGUUAUUCUAUAGGUUCCCAGUCCCGUCAAUCCUUUUACUUUGUUACUUUUGUAGUUAGGUUCUUUAUUCUUAACUACUGCCAUGGAAGACGAGCGCUGUUUGAUAACUUCUUCAGAUAAGUAUAGAAUUGGGUGAAAGAUUGGGAGGGAAGAUAGAGCCUGGUAUUUGUGCCUUCGGUAUUGUUAUGUUUCUGUGGUUCUAGCUGAUUUUGAUCUAUAAUUAGCUUGGUUUCUUCAUUAUCACAUUCCAUUGGGACCUUUUCUUGGGUGUGCAUUACAUUCUAGUGUGGUAGGAUCCAAAAGAAGUUAUGGUGUGCCAAGCAGCGAGCCAAACAAGAUUUCGGGCUUUGAAACAUGAGAAUGGCAUUGAAGGUGAACCGACAAUUAUAGUUAGAGUGAUAGCAUGCUUUCAACCUUUGCACGAUUGUCAGGCUGAGUACUUCCGUCAUCUGCUUAAGCCUGUCACGUAGAUUGCUUUGCAUUUAUUUCUCUUUAAGCUGGAAUUUUCUGUUUCUGUCAUUUGUUCUUAAGAGAGGCAGCAAGUCAUUGAAAAACCCAUAUCAAGACGCCAUAACAUCUACUGGUCAUAUUUUUCGUUGGAUGGUUAAGGCUCAUUGGUCUUGGCCUUACCCACAGCACGUGGCUUGGCCAUCACCUUACUUUAAUAGCCCUUGCACCUCAGCAGAGCCCAGUUCGCUGGUUCGUUCAACAUACAUGAACUCUAGCACUUGCAUCUUUCCUGCUGUCAGCAUAUUUCCCGGGUUCACAGCUCCUGCUAUCCCAGAUUUGAAGAGUGAGCAGACCAAGGAAGUGCAAGGAUUCCUUCAGCAUCCCAGUUUGGAACCAUGUUUGAACGGAACACAUACUGGAGAGGCUAUGCAAAAUGCAUCUUUGCAGAAGAAGUUGCUUGUGUUUGACCACUCUGGUAGUAAGACAAGGUUGCUUUAUAGUCCUGUCUUCCCUUUUGUCCAGAGUCCAAUUGUUACCGCUACCCAAUUUACUCAAGUUUAUGAUGUAAACGAAGAAGCACGGGCAACUAAUAUAGGUCUAAAGCAUUGGCCCGUGUACACUUCUCCAGAAGAGACUGGUAAGGAUCGUGUAGAUAAUGAAGAAAGUGAAAUGCAUGAAGACACAGAAGAAAUCAAUGCAUUGCUUUAUUCUGAUGAUUUUUAUGAUGAUGAUGAUGGUGAUGAUGAUGAGGUAACUAGCACAGGUCAUUCUCCGUUGGUUACUGAAAAAACUUGUGUGAUUCAAGAACAGUUUGUGGAUAUGAAGGAGGAAGUUGUUAGCACUGAUUGGCCAAACAAAAGGCAGAAGUUAAUUGAUGGUGGAUUCAAUAGAUUACCACCACUUGUGGAGAGUGCUAGUUCCGAAAGGCUAGAUAAAAUGUGUGAGUAUGCCAGUGAUGUUGAAUCAAACUGUUCUAGUAGUGGUGGGGUGUAUGCUACAAGGAAAACUAAAGAUAACUCAACAGCUGUUGAUAUUCAAUUGAAAAAGGAUAAAAUCCGUAAACUGGUGAGAGUUCUUGAGAACUUUAUUCCAGGAGCAAAAGGAAAGCACCCCCUAUUAGUCAUCGAUGGUACCAUUGAGUACUUGGAAUCUCUGAUGUCCCAAACUGGUACACUGAAAUAUAACUAAGUGCCCAUUGUGGUGGUUACAAAAUGGUUGAAGGGCACAUUGAUGGUGAAAAAAGUUGUGUGUUGAAUCAUUAGAUUUAUUGCAUUAUAAGUUUGAACUUACCAUCCUUGCUUCUUUGAUCUUGUUCCUCGAGGUGUAUUCAUAUUUUGCCAAUAAAAGGGAUGAAAGAGGCAAUAGAGGGGUACUACACUUUGCCACUGCAAUAUGGGGUUUAGGAGAUUUAAAUUUGAUGAGGAUUAAAGAUAUUUUAUCCUUUAGCUUUUGGAGGAUUAAAGGUCAGAGAGAUUGAAGGGAUGGGUGAUGGUAGUGGAUGGCUGUGCUGUAAAUGAGGACACUUUUUUCUCCCGGAGUGUUGAAUUCUCUUGUUGAUUGAAUGCAUGCGCGUUAGGUAACUGGGGUCCCACUUUCCACCCUCCCUUUAAUUCCUGAUUUUAUGCUCUGUCCUCUCUUCCAAGCUUGGCUUGUACACAUAUAAUGCUAGCGUAGACUAUAAAGUACCAAGAAAGUUCCAUGUUGGGGCGUGCUUGAAUGAGGAGCGUGGUGUUUCAUCAUGACUUGUUGGGGCCCUUUGUUGGAUACACACAACACACAACAACACGUUAUGGUAAAGGUUUCUUUGUUUUACGUGUUGAGGGUGGAAUCAUAGGUGAUUCUAUUUUCUACGUUGUAAUUGAGAGGUGGCUUGAGUAUUCUAUAUUUCUUUUUCAUGAUGUUACUAUGUAUGUAUCUGUCGGUUGUGUGAUUGUUUGAAUAAUUGGAGUGUCAAUGUUUGUAUUCCGGUUUCAUGUUUUCUAUCUUCAUUGUCAUUGUCUUAUCUGUUCAAUACUUAAAUACUACCAAUCCAUCAUUCAUAA